AUGUCGCCUCGGAAGAGAAAAGGAAAGGACAGAGAAGAAGGGAAACGCAAACGACGCAGGGUUGACUCCGAGGAAGACUGUCUCGAGGAUGGCAGAGGCGAUGCUGGUUCAUCCGCGUCUGGCCUGGAUACCUAUGGUUGGGAGACGGCAAUCCCGGAGGACUGGACGAUCUCGAAGGCGAUGGCAAUGCUCGACUACCGUCUGACUCAUGCCGACUUCCAGAGCAUCACGGCUCGUGAGAAGAAGCGCACUGAAGAGGGAAGACAUGCAUAUUACAUUUACAACGAGCGAGCGGUCGAGUGGAAGGCUUGGGAAAAGCAUGGAGGUCCCAUCGGGUUAUGGAAGUUCUUGAAGGCUUUAAAGAAGGAGCACGAAGCAAGCGGUAGCACGGACCCUUUCGACAUUCCCUACAGCUAUGCGGCCGAUCGCCUAUAUGACCUCGACCUUCCCGAAACCCCUGAGCUCAGCGACCGCUACGUGGGAGAUCUCCGUCUGCUACGAUAUGCGAAACAGUCUCUUCCUCCUUGGCUAUGGAACGUCUGUAACUCGAAGCUCAACAAGGCGCUCCUGGACGGCAAGCGCCCAAACGGUUGCGACGACCUGACCGAAGAACGUCAAAGAGCCAUCGGCGCACUUGUCUCUUUUGUGAAUGAGAAUCCUAUACGGUACAUAGAAAAACCUGCGCAAGACGUUGCCCCGUCCCUGUAUAUCGCCACACUCCGAUCCGUCCUGGCAGCAGCUCCCAUCGCUCCCCGUUUCGGUUCCCAGGCCUGGGGUACUCCUGUGGCCGGAUUGGACUUCUGCGAGGCCGAUGGUCAUCCACGCUAUGAGUGGUGUGCUAGCUAUCUGCAGCGGAUAUUCAAGGCCUUAUGCACCGUGAUCAGUAAACAUGGGAUAGGCAAUGAGGGUUGGAGGAGCAUUCGUUGGGAGGUUUACGAAACUGUAUUUCUGACCAGCC